UGAGGCACCAGAAAGGAUUUAUAGGAAGUACUUUGCUGCAACCUCAGCAUUGCUCUAACAAAACUUUUUUUUUUUUUUUUUUUUCCCCUGUUGCAAUCAGCCCACUAAAAAAAACAAGCAGGCCACAUGGUAUCUGCAUGGCUGAGAAACAUGAUUUGGCUUGUGCCUUUGCAACACUUUGAUGUUUUGAGGCUGCCAUAAAAUAUUUAUUUUUGCAUCUGCUCGGUGGGACAAGAUCUUGAUAACACACAUUACUGUGAGUACUCAAUGCUGGCAGAACAUUUAAAGCACAAUGGAUUGUUUUUAUGACCAACAAGUUCCUUACGUGUUACCUGGGAAGUCUUGUCUUGAGGAAUGUCGGGAUCGACCAGUUAAUGAUCGGAAAAGGAGAUUUUUGGACACAGAUUUAGCACAUGAUUCAGAAGAAUUAUUUCAGGAUCUUAGCAAGCUGCAAGAAGCAUGGUUAAUUGAAGCUCAAGUACCUGAUGAUGAACAGUUUGUUCCAGAUUUUCAGUCAGAUAAUUUAAUUCUUCAUGGACCAUCACCUGCAAAAAUUAAGCGAGAAGUUCAUAGUCCAUCCUCUGAGCUGACCUCCUGCAACCACGGUGCUCCUGCUCCUUAUGGAGAAAAGUGCCUCUACAACUCUAGUGCCUAUUUAAGGAAGCCCCAUGCUGGGCUAAAGCCAUUGAGUUCUCCACACACCUCUGCAUCUCCUGCACUUCCCCUGCCUGUUUCGGCACCAUCCAUGCCGAUGUCUGUCCCAGUUUCCCCUGCUCCUGUGCAUAUUGAGCAGAAACAGACAUUUGCUGUUCCACAACCACCUCAUCAGCCUGCACAGUUGCCAAAGAAUAUCCAAGAAAACCAGUAUUCACCAGAUCACAAAUUUCACAGGCAAAUGUCUGAACCAUGUUCGUCUUUCUCUCGAUAUUCUGGCGUAACGGAAACGCGACCAGUUUACCACAGACAGAUGUCUGAUCCUGUCACUGCACCAUCACAGCUACCAUCUCAUCAAGUGUUUAAACAAGAGUAUCAUGAUCCCCAAUACGAGCAAGGAAUCAAUGGCCCAUCCAGACGUGCUUUCCACUCUCCUUUGGGAAUUAAGCAAGAACCUCAGGAUUACAGUAUUGAAUCAGAAGUGCCUAACUGUCAAUCUUCCUAUGCAGGAGUGAGAAGCUAUUUUCAGAGUGAAACAGAAGGGUUUCCCUUUGAAAGUAAUGCUCGGCUAUUUUAUGAUGAUACCUGUGUUGUGCCUGAAAGAUUGGAUGGGGCUAAAGUGAAACAGGAGUCCACCUUUUACAGAGAAGGACCACCGUACCAACGCAGAGGAUCUCUUCAGCUUUGGCAAUUUCUAGUUACCCUCCUUGAUGAUCCAGGCAAUUCUCACUUUAUUGCGUGGACUGGCAGAGGCAUGGAAUUCAAACUUAUUGAACCUGAAGAGGUUGCAAGACGGUGGGGGAUGCAGAAGAACCGACCAGCAAUGAACUAUGAUAAACUAAGCAGAUCUCUGCGCUAUUAUUAUGAAAAGGGCAUUAUGCAGAAGGUGGCGGGUGAGCGGUACGUGUAUAAAUUUGUAUGUGACCCAGAAGCACUUUUUACUAUGGCUUUUCCAGACAAUCAGCGGCAUUAUAUAAAGACAGAAACAGACUGCCCUGCGACUGAAGAUGACACUUUACCUCUAACCCACUUUGAAGACAACUCCGCUUACUUACUGGACUUGGAAAAGUGCAAAAAUCCUGCAUAUACAGAUGACUUUUUCCUAUUAACUCAGGAGAGACAAUAAAUAAACACUCCCAAGAUACUGGUUCUUGGAAACAUGACUGGUAUUUCCGCAUUGUGCGAAGAGAUAUGGAUGUGGUGUUUCAUUGAAACUGAUCAUAUAAUCUAUUUUGUUGCUUUUUGUUUCUUCUAAUAGCUCAGAUUAGUGAGUGCUGUAAUCCAGUGACAACUGUCUGUUGUGGAUUUUUUGGCGCAUACAUGAAAAUUCACUUGCAAGAUAAUUCUGCAUUGGUGAUCUGCACAAAACACAUCCAGAAUUUUAAGAAGAUAUUGCUUACUUUUUUUUGUUAGACUGAGACAAAAAAAUGUUUUGACAAUCUCUGUUGAAGACAGUACUUGUAGAUGCCUUUUUUUACCCUAUAAGGGAAUAAUUAUGCACAGACUAUUACUUUUAAAAGGGAAAGUAAAACAAAAGAUUUUGUAAAGGCGUAAAUGAAUCUUUGGGAUAUCUGAUGUGUAUAUAGCUUGAAAAAUAUAAACAUUUGAUAAAAAAACAAAGGGCAUUCUUAUGUUUAAAAACAUGCUCAGAUUCUUAAAUGUAAUAUGGACUCAUGCAUAAACUUUACUGAUUUACAAAGCAGGCUCUGCUGAUCAUAUUUUCAGGAUCUUUUAGAAUUUAAGACCAUGUUUUCAUUAAAUGUUGUAAAUUUAGUACAAUUCUAACAUUCUUUCAGUAGUUUUGCUAAAUGGGCUAACAUACUUUUCCUGUUUUGUGUGUGCGUGGUUUUUUUUGUUUUUUUUAAUAUUACUCUUUGAAAAUCUAUACCAUCUAUAUUUUGCACAUUUUUAAGUUAAACUUAUCUCCGAAUGCAAAAAAAAAAGAAAAAAAAAGUUACCAUGCAACCUGCAUGGUCAACUUGUUUUUUGCACAGUUAUUGAAAAUAAAUAUAUACUAAAUUGCUUAUAUGAUUCUAUUGGCGUACCUGUAUGUAAAGGUUAAGUGAGCUUUAAAAAUCGGUACGUUGAACCAGUUUUUAUGCUGCCAGCUGCCUGGUAAACUUGUGUUAGAUUUCUGUAAAUGAAAGUAACUUUUAAAUGUAUAUUUUUACAGUAUUUUAAUGAACACUUCUUUCUGUUUUCAAAUAUUUCCAUCACUUUUAAAGUUUGACAAUUUUACGGUUUAUUAAAUAAAAACCUAUUUCAGCUUAUUAGAUUUUGUUACUGUAAAUUAUAUAUGUUUGCUUUUUUUGAUGGAAAACAUUAUAGAUGAAGCAUUUAAGAAUGUGUUUUGCUUCUUUUUUUUUUCCUGUGCAUUGAAGUUGAUGGUAGAAAAAUGCAUGGCACAUUGUUAUUCAAUGUUAAUCAUUACGCAUGUUAUAUUAGGGUAAAUAAUGAUGCAUAUUCACACAAACCUAAAUAUGUCAUGUACUAUGUACAAUAAAGUUUUUAUUUUUCUCUGUGA